GAACCCAAUUCCGUUCCCCGGACAGCAGAGGAGUAGAUUUGCUGCGAGCCGGCAGCAACAUAAUUGUCUGUCGCCAAAGAUUCAAACUUUAUACGCGAAAAGGAAAGCCACCUCUCUCCUCGUUCGUUCUUGGUCGAUCGGUUUUCCAGUCUCAUCGCAACCUACGAGCAGUUUAGCUCGCUCGUGAUCCGCGACCCCGGUAAUGGCGGAGAAACCCCAACCCGUCAAAGUCCUGUACUGCGCCGUCUGCUCUCUGCCCGCCGAGUACUGCGAAUUCGGCCCCGAUUUCGAGAAAUGCAAGCCCUGGCUCCUCAAGAACGCCCCCGAGCUUUACCCAGAUCUUCUCAAAGAUGCUACUGGGAAGGAGGCUGAUAAGGUGUCUGAGCAGCUCCAGUCAGUCGGAAUCUCCUCUGGCGGCGGCAGAGAUGGCGCCGCUUCCACCGCCUCUCCUGGGGAUUCUUCUUCGAAUAAGCUAGAAGAAGUGAAACGUCUGCCUGGCGGAAAAGUUAAGAAGAAGGAUAAGCAAGAAGUUGUGAUCGAAAAGGUUGUACGUAACAAGCGCAAAUGUAUCACUGUCGUCAAAGGACUUGAACUAUUUGGCAUUAAACUCAGUGAUGCUUCAAAAAAGCUAGGAAAGAAGUUUGCAACCGGAGCAUCAGUUGUGAAGGGACCGACUGACAAGGAGCAAAUUGAUGUUCAAGGAGACAUAUCCCUUGACAUUGUGGAGUUCCUUACAGAAACCUGGCCUGAUGUGCCUGAGGCUGCUAUAUACUUCAUUGAAGAUGGAAAAAAGGUCCCAGUGGUUUGAGUUGAAGUUGUUUUCUGAGCGACCCGGUUGGUUUCGUGAUAUAAACACAAGCCGGAGGACCGCUGUGCUUGUGAUUGGAGCACCUUAUGUUGAGCGGCCACAGCUAUUUUCAAGGAAGAACUCUGUGCUGGAGAUGUUGAAUAUUUAUGGGUGUCAAUUCUCCAGCGGCUUUUGAACUCGUCAUAGUUAUAGUUCUGCAGUAUUAUUUUGGGUUAUAUAUAUAUGAAAAGCACGAGCUUCUUAUCUUACCUUUACCGCGCCAUAUGAUCUUGCGUUGGUACUCGCUACUCAGCUGAGUCAUUGAGGGGACAUUUUUGUUCCCGUGCUCCAGGAGUUGAGCUGAUCACUGCUGGUUCUUGGUAAAGUCUGAGAUCCGAUUUGUGGCUACUGUACAAAAAUUGCAGAUCAUCAUCCUGUUAUCUGGUGCUAGUAGCAUUGACUUGGCGACUA